GAGAAGAGCUGAGUCUUCACCAAACUCUUCACUCCAGGUCUUGGGGAUUGUGAGUCUCUCACUGUGGAAUGUGUUUUCUACUUUGAGAGUGAGCGUGUGAGCGUUGAACUGAGCAAAUCAAACGGGCUUGAUUGCCUCUAAGACCGACCGUCCGGCUCCCUGGAUGGAGAAACGCUGCCGUAAAAUGAGAUCUCUGUGUUUGAACUUUGCCAUCACCUGUCUGUGGCUUCUUCCUUCCUCGGUCCAAGAAACAUCCGAGCCGCUGCACUUUCACAGCCAUCAAUGGGGGGAGGAUGAAGUAGGAAGAGAAGAUACGGAGGGAGCAGCACUGAAGGUCAAGCACAUCUCUAAAGACUUACAAAUCAUCUCCACCAAACACAAAACACCUGCGUAUGGCUCACUUGGACCCUACGGCUGGCCUCAGAACUUCUCACAGGCCCUGGAUCAGUAUCUGUAUCGCGCUCCUCCCAAAUCCAAACCCCCCGCUAAAACGUCCCCAAAGGCUAAGAAGAUCUUGGGCUGGGGCGAUUUUUACUUCAACGUGAAAACGGUGAAGUUCAGCCUCCUGGUGACGGGGAAGAUCGUGGACCACAUCAACGGGACGUUCAGCGUCUACUUCCGCCACAACUCCUCCCGCCUGGGGAACAUAUCUGUCAGCAUUGUCCCCCCGUCCAAAGCGGUGGGCUGGGAAGUUCUGGAUGCGUCCCACACCAGAAACUCUGUGCUGCUUCCAGAUUUUACGCCGCAGUUCCAGAGCCCCCGUCAGUCCACCAGCUCCAGCCCCCCUGAACAGCAGCAGAAGCACCAGCAGGACAUGAUGAUGGUGACCGAGCUCAACUGCCGCAACGAAUACCAAACAACGAACCGCUCCAAGAAGACCAAGCCCUGCAUGUACGACCCAGGCCAGACCUGCUACUCAGAGAACACGCAGUCCCAGGCCGCCUGGAUCUGUGCCAAACCCUUUAAAGUCAUAUGCAUCUUCAUUGCCUUCACCGGCACAGAUUACAGGCUGGUGCAGAAAGUUUGUCCAGACCACAACUUCCAGACAGAGCAGAACCAGCAGCACUUCGGAUGACAGAUUCUCACGUACUGAAAUAUGGACAUCAAACUUCUCAUUCAUCCUAAAAGAAAAACUAAAAAAAAAAAACAUGUGUUCAGACUUAUUGAUAUAAAAUGUGUGACUCAUGAUGGUUUUUACACACUUUUCAGCCUGUCAGUGACGGCCAGUUUGUGUUUUAAUAGUCAAGCUUGUUAAAAAGGAGCUUUGUGUUGCCUGAAAUCAGCCUCAUCCACCAAAAGUGACGGACUGUCCUUAAGGAACAGCAUUUGCCUAAUUCAUACAGUCACUUUGUGUGCGUAGUGUUUUCUGAAUUUGUUUUCUGAACAGGCAUCCGCAGACGUUUUCAACCAUAAUUAAAUAUAUAUUGAUUGGUUAAGUCAGUCGUUAGGAAGCUCUUAGAUCAUGAAUAAAAGUAAAUUCUGUAUAUAUGUUUCUAUUUAGUGACAAAACGUUUUAAACUGACUGUGUUUUUACUAUAAAAUUAAACUCCUGCUUGGUUGUUUUAUGGUAA